AUGACGGAACUUGGAGUCUUCUCUUCCUUGUUCAUUGUUCACUGUGUUUUCAAUGGCUUCCUAAGUUAUACCUGCACCAUGUUGAACAUUGUUACAAUUCACGCACUGAGAAAAACUCCAUCAUUGCCGAUGACUUUAAAAGCAUUGCUUAUGAGUCUGUCUGCUUCUGAUCUUGGUAUCGGUUUAAUAGUCCAGCCUUUAUACGUCGUACGCCUUGUUAUGAUUAUUGGAGGAGAAACUCAAACUCAAACGUAUAAAUUAAUACAACACGUGUUUCUAACAACAGGGAAUCUUUUCUUUUACGCUUCCUUCCUUGGUGUUGUGGCUUUAGCCGCAGACAGAUUCUUGGCUAUUCAUUUUCAUCUCCGAUACCAAGAACUUGUAACUGAGAAGAGAGUUGCUGCUUUGAUGACCUCGAUUUGGAUUUUUAGCAGCUUUCUGUCGUUCCUAACUUUGAGUUGGAUCAUACCAGAGAUGGCCAAAUUCAUUUUCUAUAAUACAAUCGACAUAUUUUGUAUCAUCACCACUGCAUUAUUUUACUGGAAAAUUUAUUUAUCAGCAAAGCACCACAUAAUUGAAAUUAACAGACUCCAAGUAUAUCACCAAGCAGAGCAGAAUGGUGAAGUGAUGACAAAUACUGCGAGACAGCGGAAGUCUGCAGUUGGUGCAUUUUACGUGUUUCUUGUGCUUUUGGCUUGUUAUCUGCCAAUGCUUUGCCUUAGUAUUGCCCAUCUGAGUACUGGGCUGCAGAACACCCUGAUAUUCCUUUUACUGCUUAACGCUAAUACACUGGUUCUUCUCAAUUCGUCUCUCAAUCCUCUGAUCUACAGCUGGAAAAUGAGACACAUUCGACGCACCAUUAUGAAUCUCUUACGCAACGUGCCUCACUAA